AUGUCUGCCCCCGAAGACAUCCUCGCCGCAUCCUAUAAAUAUGGAGCACCCUACGUGAGCAGCGUCCAUCGCAGCGAAAAGCUCAAGACCUUCUUGUUCGGCUACCCGAUUGCCCACUCAAUGGCACCCCUGCUACAUGCCACCCUCUUCAAAGGCUUGUCAGUGCCAUGGACGUACUCCUUAAAGGAAACACAAGACAGCACAGAGUUUCUGCCGGCUUUGAAACAGCCUGAUAUCGUUGGCUGUGCUGUGACCAUGCCAUACAAGGUCUCCUUGCUUCCUGCUGUGGACGAGGUGACCGAAGAGGGUCGAAUGGUCGGAGCCAUCAACACAGUGUUCCUUCGCAGAGCUGCUGAUGGAAGCACCCGCUAUAUCGGCACAAAUACCGAUACAAUUGGAGUCCGUGAAUCAUUCUUGCAAAACUGCCCUGGUGUCCUAGCGCAGUCGGCCGGAAAACCUGCAUUGGUGAUUGGUGGCGGCGGUGCUUGCCGUGCGGCCAUCUAUGCCCUGUGGAAAUGGAUGGGUGCGAGCAAGAUUUACAUGGUCAAUCGACUGGAGAGUGAAGUCCGAGCGAUCAUGGCUUCCUUUAAAGAGGCUGGCUUGGACGCUGAACUAAUUUGGGUGGGAUCCACGGAGCAAGCUGCUGCCUUGGAGGCCCCGACGCUAAUUGUCGGAACUGUGCCGGACAUUCCUCCCAAGAAGGAAGGAGAGAUUCUUGCCCAGAAGAUUGUUGAAAUAUUCCUGUCAUCAAAGACUAAGGGCCAUAUUCUUGAAAUGUGCUAUCAUCCCCGCCCACGAACACAACUCUUCGAGACCAGCGAGAAAAUGGGAUGGAAUGUACUUUAUGGAACUGAGGCUAUGAUCUGGCAAGGAGUCGCCCAACAGGUGCUUUGGGCAGAGUUGCCGAUUGAGAACUUCAAGUUGGAAGAGGCUAAAGCGACUAUUUUGGCGGCACUGGAACAAUCGACCAAGCACUGA